AUGGCACAAGAGGACAACACACCACGCCUGAUCUCGAAUGUCGCCGUGCACAACUUUUACUCUCGGCUGCAGACUCGCAAAUCUCACUCAUCAACAACUGAAUCCUAUGAUUCCAAGCCUGGCACGACAUCAGCAGUAGACCUUCCCUUGCCAGGGGCACUCGACUCGCGUACAACUACGAUCGAUAAUGAAAAGCUGGAUCAAGAAGGUUCACUUUCAUUGAACAAUACCGCUACAGAGCCUCAGGCUGCUAUCCCUGUCAGUGACCAUCAGGCUCCUCGCGAGACAACAGCAGUAGCCCAACGGGAUCUAUCCACCAACAGCAACAUCAACAAGAAGUCCCCGCAACCAGCACGCUGUACAAAGACCAAGAACAAGGCCAAGACUAAGGCGAUCCCCCGCAAGGAGUUCGGGGCGAUCAAGAAGAAGCUACGCAAACGGGAGCUUCGACGCCAGAACGCGGUCGAGAUCUGCAGGAUACGCGCCCUUGAGGCUGCACAGAAACCAAUGUAA